AUGGGCAAAGAACAAAAUCUCGCCAAUCAUAUCUUAUCGUUGCCUGAACCCCAGCUCUCCCAGGUUAGAGGCCACCCGGCCAAGGUCUUGCGGUUAAUUGAGGACUACCCAGAAUCAUUCAUGGACAUUGGCCCCGUUAAAGGAAAGCGGAUCAUUGAAGAAAUCCAAAAAACCAAGCCUUCGGUCAUGAUUGAAAUGGGAGGCUAUUGUGGGUACUCGGCCAUUCUCUUCGGGAACGAGCUCAAGAAGCUCAAUGGCAAGUAUUACAGUUUUGAACUCUCUGAUGAGUAUGCUGAAGUAGCAUCCAAGUUGGUUGAUUUGGCUGGAUUGUCGGGAACGGUUGAAAUUAUCGUGGGCCCUGCCAACGCUACAUUGCCAAGGUUCAAGGAGUGGCUCAAAGAAGAUAUUAUUGACUUUGUGUUCAUCGACCAUGAUAAACAGGCAUAUACUCCUGAUCUCAGGAUCCUUGAGUCGUUGGACCUCAUUGGAGUCGGCACCACCAUCGUCGCUGACAAUAUCAUCCGUCCCGGGGCACCUGAAUACCAUUCGUAUGUGACCCUGACUCCUCAGCAGAAGAACGAGUAUAUCUCUGUCAAUCAAAACCCUAACGGCUCCCAGUUUGUGGGUAGAUGGAACUUUGUUUACGAAACCGAGUUGAUCAAGAUGGGGCAAGAUGGGAUCGAUGUCACCAAGGUUGUCAAAUCUUUGAAUUGA